CCUUACAAAAAUAAUCAUCUGGCUUUUGUGUGAAUCAAGUUCGACCCGAGCCUUUUGUCAAGAUGUCUAUAUUUUGGCCUGACUGGACGUUUUUGGAAGAUGUCUUCAUAGCUGUUAGUGGCACCAGGAAAAUUUUCAGUUCUAGGACCCGCAUUUCAACACUCGACACGACACACAUUCAUGGGUUACGAUGUAUUCCUCCUACGAUCUGCGUUCUUAUCGAAAGGCGCGAAAGAAUUUUUCCUUGAAGAGUUAUGGAGUAUUCGCAAUUUGGAUUAUUUUGGCCCUAGUCCAAUGGAUGGUAAUCUCAAUAUUGAACGAUACUCGGGAAAUAUUCAACCAAUAUUUUUACAUCAGCUUUGUGACCUUUGCAGUGGCAGUAUUAUUUCUGAUACUGUUCAUAUUUGUCGAGAAGGUGCGCUUCAUCGCAGGGCUUAAUUUUAUCCUCGCCUUUAUAAUUGUAGAGCUUCAGAUUGUUUCCACAUUCGCUCUGGUCGUGAUUACUUGGUGGGCGGAUAGUUUGGCCUUUCUCGCACUGUGUAUAUUCCUGAUAAUCAUUUUUGCGAUAAUAGGAGUUUUUCUGCCUAGAACUAUGGACCUCACUCUGGACAUUGCAGUCCUAUUUAUAUUGUCCUUCGUUUUUCUGAUAAUAGCCAGCUUCACCCUGAUUGUCCAUCUAACUAUGGCGGCCACCAUACCAUUUGCUUAUGUAGUCGUGGAGCUGGCAAUAUCUAUAACUAUUUUGCUGUUUGUAAUGUAUCAUGCCCAAACCAUCCAUGGAAAUCGGUUCGCAGAAAUGCGACUCAAUGACUUCCUUCUGGCAUCGUUGAUUCUAUUCCACGACUUCCUCAUCAUCUACUGGCUGACAUUUUUCUGGCAAAUCAAUUACAGGCUCGUCACUCCAGAUUCCUGGCUAGCCACGUCUUCUCCGUCUCCGAAUGCCACCAAUGCAUCACGAAAAUAUUUAGAUGUUUAUAUCACCGACUGGACUUUGGAGCCUACCGAUGGCUAUGAAGAAAGAUGGGACGAGCAAGCGCCGGGUUCACCACCACCGACACAUAAGCCGAAGACCGUUCACAAAUUUUGGUCGGUGGACAAGCGAAAAAAACAUCCAGGACGACAUAAUAACGAGAAUCCUGAUCACCGAUGGGGUUCCGGAAAUGACAAUGGCGGUCGAUGGGAUCCCGAGGACAUGACUCCUGGUACAUAUGCAACGGGUGUGCCCUUCGACGACUAUCCAAGACGAAAGCCCUCUAGUGCUCGACCAACGAUUGCCCAAAAACCCGAUCCGAAACCCCCAGAAAAAGAUGUUGGUCGUUGGUUCUCAGGUUUUCGACCUAAAGGAGGCACCACAAUAAAUCCCUUCUUCACCCAAGGCUAUGCUCGCGAAAGAAUGUCACAAAAUGACAAUCCAAUAACUAAAUAUCCACAGAAUAAGAAACAUAAAAAUGAGCGCUAUACUUAUACCCUUGAAGGACCAAGUCAAUCGGACUCGAGCGAUUCUUUUAACAGUGAAAUUAAACCAAGAGAGCCUGAAAGACCUUACGAGUCGGAUAAGCUUGAAACUCUUCCACCUGCUGAAGGACCUAGUCAGUCUGAUUCCUACAAUCCUUUUGAUAGGGAAAUUGUGAAAGCUGCAAAUGUAACAAGUCUUCCAUUAAGAACAGGUCUACAGAAAGAAAUAGAAAGAAGUCCUAAUAGCUAUUACUAUGAACAAGGAAAUAUAGAAAAUGGUUAUCCACCAAGCGAAGGACUAAGUGAAAGUCUUAUGAAAAACAUCACCAGAAACUCCCUCAUCAAUCCAGAUGCAAAUGUACCAAUGGGCGAUGUGGAAAUCAUAGAUCCUAACGAAAUAGCUCUAGAAGGUAAAGUCUCUUCGAGGAAGCCUUCUGAAGAUUGGUCAACUGACUUUCCUGGCUUGGAGCUGCAAGAAGACGGAGAUAAUCAAGACAUCUUUCAGAAUCGUGAGCCUCUCACAACAUACCAUUAUCCUACCGGACUGCCAGACUAUGAAAAACUUGUACUGAACGUCAGCUCGAAUAUGUUGAAAUAGACUUUUAAAGACCGUGAUAAUAUAUGAAUUAUUUUCCGCCAUAAAUUUAA